AUGGUGGAAGUCAUCUGGGAUCGAGAUCCCAUUGCGGACAUUCGAGCAUCCAAAAUUGCGGCUGCGUCGUCCGUGCCGAGUCAAUCCCAAUCGCUCCCAGCUCCGCCGCGGUUCGAAGCUUGUGCGUCGACCGCAUCGUUAUUUCUCUACGCACAGGGAUCCGCGAUUCUAUGUCUCCACCAUGACACUUUAGCCCUGGAACGUCGGUUUGAGAGCCACAAGGAUAAUGUCCAGUUCAUCUCUGUGGAUAAUGUUAGUGAGCGCGGCUCAGGGAGGCUGGUGGUUAGCUACGAUGCGAGUAAGACGGCAGUGAUUUGGGACCUGUUCACGGGAAGCGUCAUUGCACGGUUUGCGUCGUUUGAGCCGUUGAAGACUGCGUCGUGGAUGAAGAAUGGCAACGUAGCUUUUGGAAACGAAAAAGGUGAAGUGAUCUUGUUUGAACCUACCACUUCAGACAAUGUCUCCUGCCGUACCAUCUUCGACCCGAUCACCGUGUUAGCGCCAGCGGCUGAUUGUCGGACUUAUGCCAUUGGGUACCAAAAUGGGUCGAUAUUGAUUGCGACGCUGUUGCCGACGUUUAACAUCCUGCAUACUAUGACAACCUCUCGGGGGCCGUCACCGAUAGUCUCAAUAGCAUGGCACGCAUCGUCGUCGAAACAAAAGUCCGAUAUGCUGGCGACUAUGUCUGCCAAUGGAGACCUCAGAGUGUGGAGUGUUGCAAAGCCUCCGGGGAAGGAGACCCCGCGAGUUAUCCGAGUAUUGAAGAGGUCCGAUGUUUCCUCACCGUCAGACCCUAAGUGGAUGGCCUGGUCAAAGAAUGGGAAAAUUAUACAGUAUUUGGAUGGUGAAACAUGGGCCUGGGACGUGAAAACAAAGCAUAUCAGUUACGAGCCGAUUCCAACUAUCGACAACCCCCUUGGUAUCGCCAACUAUGGACCUACCGCAACCCUCUUCACGCUCGGACCUCAUUUCACUGUCCAGCAAUAUGACUUGGAAAACCCAGCAAUGGUGGCCAAUGUACAGCACGCCCCGACAAACUCCAUGACUUCAGCAUUGGACCAGAUGAGAGCUCGGACAAAAUCUCCGCCGGCCCUGCAGGGUCCGCCGGAAAUGCGGGAAUCGGGCAGCCCAUACUCAUCCAGACGUCGCACACCCUUUGAUUCCAAUGGCAUCGACGCUGUAAGGCAGCAGCGCGAACAGCGAAGUAGCCCUGGUUCAUCUCGUGGGCGCGCCGCAUCCGUUAGCUCCAAAGCUUCCUCGGACAAAUACAAGCCUUCGUUUUCACCACCGGCCAGGUCAGCGCACACUGCAACCUCCUUCUCCUUAACAUCGGCCGGCGGAGGCAGAGAGACUCCCCAGCCAUCUUACACGUACGCUUCAUCGAUUUCGAUGUCAUCAGCCAAGAGCUCUCGCGCUGGAUCACGCCUGAGGAAUGAGGUUCAAUUCAGCCCGGCGGACAAAAAUGUCGACUUGUUCCCGUUUACGCGUGCACGAUUGAAUGAUGUCCCCUAUCGGACGCAACAGCCGCUUAAUGAAUCUCGCAUGAUGCCUGAUGAAUUGCGCCGACAGAUGCUGAGCAUGGUCUUUGGAUGGGAUGGUGACAUUGAGGGACUGAUCAAGGACGAGUUAUACCGCCACCCUCCAGGCAGCCCAGCAGCAAUCCUCUUAGGACAGUGGAUUGACGAAUCGGAUAGUGACCAUAUGGUUUCAAUGCUCAGUGCUGGCCCGGCGUCUGUUGGUGACUGGAUGUUACUAGCUCUGAGCCAGAUGAACGGCCAAUCCCAGGCAAACAAAGUCGGUCAAGCCUUCGUGCAGAAAUUGCUUGAGCUUGGCGACGUCCAUACCGCGGCCACGGUGUUGGUCGGGCUUGGGGAUAGGAAUGAUGCUAUCGAAGUUUACGUGUCGCAGCAUUACUACAUGGAGGCAAUUUUGAUGACUUGUCUCGUGAUGCCAACCGACUGGCAGCGCCAGUCAUACCUUGUUCGACGAUGGGGAGAGCACGUUGUCGCGCACUCACAGCAACAACUGGCUAUUCGCUGCUUUAUGUGUACGGGCGUGGAGCCUGCGGAUCCAUGGGCCUCCCCGGCCGCCCAUCAAGCCAACUUUGGAGAAAUCAUGCCUGGAAUGUCGGCCCUUACCUCACCGGAGCCGAGCCCUGCUGGCUUUCUACACCCCAAUUCCUCUUCCACAGGUAACAGGCAGCCGCUGGGAGCGCCAUCGCUGAAGUUGAUCACCAAGUUUGACGGACAAUCAAACAGCCACUCACGCUUCCCUGGCCUUGUGUCUGAUGACAGGACCCCGACAAAUGCGCCGGGCAUUACGCCGAUCGCGGACGUUGCGGCCAUCUCACCUAGUAGCUUUGGGUCGUCCAAGUUGAACAAUAUCCAGAGUCUCAACAACGCGAUGAAUUCCAGGACUGGGACACCAGGGUUCCCCAAACAGCGUCUGCCGUCCAUCGGAGAGACACCCGUGGAUGUACACCCGCCUACAUUCCUCUUCAACGAGCCCAAGAAACUGGUCGAUUAUAGCUCCACGUCUGAGAACGAGGACACCAGCCAAAGUCAACCGCAAGAUUCAGAGGAGGAGGGCCUUGGCCUACUGACCUCUGCGCGAUACGACCCAGAAGAUAGCCAAAAGCCGACUCCCAAAACAGCGGUCCAGGCGUCUGCAGACAAAUGGGCGGCUAUUAAAGGCCUGCCAUCUCCAACCCCCGGUGUAUUUGAGGCUCUGAGAGAGCGAUCGGAUAGUCGUCUGAGUGGCAGAGACCGCAAACCUGACAGUCUCCAGCUUCAUUUAACGUCUGAGGAUUCUUCUCACGACGAAGGUCAGAACACCGGUGGCUCCUUCGCAGCAAGCUUCAGAAGCGGGCUUUCCACAGGCAAUAGCUUGAGCACGGCUAAAAGCCCUAGUGUCAGCGGGCGGAGUAUCGACCAGUACAUCCAUAGCUUGGAUGAGGCAAGUUACCACUCGCGAAAGCAUUCCGGGCACCGCCGUCCGAGGCGGAAUACGGAUGAUUCCAUCGAUAUAACCACGCGCAAGUCGAAGUCAAGAACGGCGUCUCAAGAUACGGCCCGUGGAAGGAAUGAGAAGCGUCAUAUACCACCUGCAAAACGCUCGCCUUCGUCUCCAGUUCCUAUGUCACCGGAGGAGGUGGCACAAUACAGUACCCAAGCGAGAUCGAAGGGUCGUAGUACAAGUCGAGUGCGCAAGCCACGGUCCAGGAACUCCUCUGAACGGCGUCACAAUCGCUCUAUCAGCCGAAACACUGCUAGCCGGCUUGAUACGACUGAAUCUAACCGUGGCCGCAGCAGUGACAGGCAAGGCCUGCGCAAUACUUCCCCACCAUCCCCGGUUCCCAUGACUAACCCGGAGGACGCCCUCAAAUUCGUGGCAGGCGAUAGGGAAAGGAGAAGCCGUCAGCGAAGCCGUAGCCGUCGCCCGUCUGCGUCGAGACGUGAGGGGUCUACUGAUGACCGACGUACUCGACAGGGUUCGAGGAAUCGCGGGGAGUCUGCUUCGAGGCAGGCAGGAGAUUAUGAGACGAACCAGACGAAUGAAUCUGUUACUUCUGUGAACCCGCAGGAAGCUGAGAUCAAGCCCGAUUCGGAUGUUGCCAAUAUACCAGCUCCGAUUUUGUCCCCAGCUGAAAUACGAAGGAAAGAACUUGCUGCUGCUGAGCUCGAGGCACGGCGUCUCUCGCUCGCGCGUAACCCUUCUGCACCGAACAUCCCCUUCCCUGGAGAAAUACAUCAUUACCGGGGUAUGGCAAGCCCCCCUCUUCUUUCUAGCCAAUCGUUCACACCUCGAACGCCUGGACGGACUACGAUCCCUCCCAGCAAGACAUCGCCAGAUUAUCAAAGUAGCUCCGACUCAAACUCCUCGAGAUCUGACGCGCCUCUAGGGCUCCCUGCGACACCUCGUGCAAUGCGUCACCCGAAGUAUAGCGGCUCUUCCGACACAGAACUAGUGCCUCCCCCGCCGCCGCCGCCUCCACCACCCCCUCCGUCGGCCCCUCUACAGAACGAUUCAGCACCGCUCCUACUGAGCAGUGCAAGGUAUGAAGGGGAAUCCGAGCCAAUCCCUCGCUCAAUGUCAGUCCCGGCUAUGGACAUGCAACCUCCGACUCGUCGACCGGACAUGCCACUGCAUCCCCACUUCAACCCCAAUCUCCCUCGAAGCCGCUCCUCAGACCGGCGCCAGCGUCACGACAGUUCCCGUGAAGUUUCCCCUAUAGCCCCCAGUGGGAACUAUAAUUUCGGCUCCUCCCCCGUCACUGUGAGCAUCGAAGAAGCAAUGGAAAAGGCCAUGCCGCCUAUCCUCCCGGAAUUGCAACACCUCAACAUGAACACUCCGCCACCGCCGCCACCCCUUCCAGCAGUCUCAAUGGCCCCAGGAUCCCACCGCGAAUCCUCAGGAACGAUCGAUAUUGCCAUCGACAACGAGAAUCUCGGCCGCCUGCUGCCGCGCGCUAUGACUGCCGGACCGGCUCUCAGCACGAACGCUACCACCGAAUCUAGACCGCCGAUGGGCCGCCGCAUGUCGCUUGAGCAUCGCAGAAACCGCAGCGUGAACGAGUCAUUCUCGUCGAAGAUUCGCAACUUGGCUAGGCGGAGUAGUCGGGGCUCGGAUGCAUGGGGAUCGUCAUCGUCUGGCCCUGGCGGACUUUCUAUCUCUGGACCGACGCUCGAGGGGCAUUAUUCGUAUGAUGGUGCUCCGGGUGAUGCUGAGGGCCGUAUCUAG